ACAUUUUAGCGAGCAACAACAGAGUUCGAAAUUGCAGAGUGUCCAACAGGCUAGCUAUUUUUGCUGUCAUCUACAUGGUUCUCUCCUUGCCUCACUAUAAAUUUCAAGAGCAUUGGUAGGCUAGGUUAACAGAGUUCUUCGCCUCUUCUUCCACGAUCUGCUUCUUAAUCUUUAGGGUUUUCAAGUUUCAACAACAACAACACAGGAGUUCAAUUGAGGAUUUUUGGACCAAUCACAAAUCCAUGCUUUGCGUGUGCAAUUUGGUUAUGGAUUCUUUAUCGGAUGAAGAAACCGCAAAUUCAGGAACCUCUUCUUAUUCUACAGAAGAUUUGAUAAAUUUAGGAGACAACAAUGCCGCACAUGAAAACUAUGGAGACUUGGAGAGAUCACCUGGCAUGAAGGCUGAAAAAGAUCGACUAAAUAAACGGAAGACCGAAGAUUGUGGAAAUGAGGGUACGAGUUCAGCUUUGGUGAGGUUAUUAGAAGAUAUACUGAAAGAGAGAAAGAAAAUGAACGAAAAGAAAAUAGAAAUGUUUGAAAGAUCCUAUCUUUUAGAGGAAGAAAAGCUCGGUUACAAGAAAGAAAAGUUGCAAAUGAAAAAACGGAAAAUGGAAGAGAGAAUAGUAUUCAUGGAUACUAGUGGGAUGCUUCCGUUGCAAGCAGAAUAUUUUCAGCGCCGACAGAUGGAAAUCCUCGGAAAAAAGAUUUAGUUGUUUUUAUUUUAUGCUGCAACUAUUAAGUUUCUAUAUAGCUCAUGUUGGAACUAUUGUGUUUAAUUUGGUCGUGUUGGAACUAUGUUUCUAUUUAGCUUAUGUUGGAACUAUUGUAUUUUUUUUUGGUUAUGUUGGAACUAUAUUUCUAUCUAGCUUAAGUUUGGAACUACCUUUUAGAACCAUUGUAUAUAUGCAAGUUUGAAACUUGGCACA